AAAUUACAAAGUACCAGAAGAAGAAGACGAGAGAAGAGGGACACUAAUAACAAUCCACUCUCACGCCAUAAACACCAACAUUUCUCUCUCUCUCUUUCUCCUCCGAUCUAAAUCUCUUUCUUCCAUUUUCUCUCUCUUCAAAUCUUCCCCAAUUCAAUUCAAUUCAAAAACCCUAACCCUACCUAAAUUUCACUACUCUGCAUUCUCUCUCCUCUAAAUCGAUCGACAAUGGCGUGCUUAAAAAGCGUCAAUAGAUCGGCGCUGGUGGCGAUGUCACCGGAUUCGCCGUUCUUUGCAGCAGGAACAAUGGCAGGUGCGGUUGAUCUGUCAUUCAGCACAUCCGCUGAACUCGAGAUUUACAAGCUUGAUUUUCAGUCAGAUGAUCACGAGCUUCCGAUGGUGGCGCAAGCUCAUAGUUCCGAGAGGUUUAAUCGUCUUUCUUGGGGAAGACAUGGAUCUAAUUCUGAAGAGUUUUCUAUGGGUCUCAUUGCUGGUGGUCGCAUUGAUGGAAGUAUUGGUGUUUGGAAUCCUCUCCCUUUGAUUUGCCCCGAGUCAAGUGUUAAGGCAGAUGUUACACAGCUGGAACAACAUAGAGGACCUGUUCGUGGUUUGGAUUUUAAUGCCUUUACGCCAUACCUACUUGCUUCUGGAGCUGAAGAUGGAGAAAUAUGCGUAUGGGAUUUAGCAUCUCCAAAUGAGCCUAGGCAUAAAUUUCCUGCUCGGAAUACUGGUUCAGCUACUCAAGGUGAAAUAUCUUACUUAUCUUGGAACAGGAAGGUCUCCAAUAUCUUGGCUUCUACCUCAUACAAUGGGUUAACUGUUGUUUGGGAUUUAAAGAAGCAGAAGUCGGUCAUCAGUUUUUCUUCAGAUUCAAGCAGAAGGCGUUGUUCUGUUUUGCAGUGGCAUCCUGAGGUAGCAACUCAACUUGCUGUUGCAUCAGAUGAUGAUAGUUCACCUUCUCUAAAGCUUUGGGAUAUGAGGAAUAUUAUGUCCCCUGUGAGAGAGUUGGUUGGGCACACAAAAGGUGUAAUUUCGAUGGCAUGGUGUCCUAGUGAUAGCUCUUACUUGCUUACAUGUGCCAAGGAUAAUCGUACAAUCUGUUGGGAUACUGUUUCUGGAGAGAUGGUCUGUGAAUUGCCUGCUGGAACUAACUGGAACUUUGAUGUACACUGGUACCCAAAGAUACCCGGGGUCAUCUCGGCGUCUUCAUUUGAUGGAAAAAUUGGCUUGUACAAUAUCGAGGCUUGCAGUCACUACGGGGUUGCUGAAACUGAUUUUGGUGCAGCUCCUUUAAGAGCUCCAAAAUGGUAUAGAAGGCCAGUGGGUGUUUCUUUUGGUUUCGGUGGAAAGCUUGUUUCAUUUCACUCUAAAGCCGCCGCAGGACGAGCUUCGGAGGUUUUCAUCCAUAGCGUGGUAACUGAAGAUGGUUUGGUGAGUCGUUCAUCUGAAUUUGAAGCUGCCAUCCAAAAUGGAGAAAGAUCUUCAUUGCGAGUUCUAUGUGAAAGGAAAUCACAAGAAUCUGACAGGUCUGAAGAUGAUAGAGAAACUUGGGGAUUCUUGAAGGUUAUGUUUGAAGAUGAUGGAUUAGCAAGGUCAAAACUUCUAGCACAUCUAGGUUUCAGUGCGCCAGAGGAAUUGAAAGAGACUGUUCAAGAUGAAUUGUCUCAGCAAGUCAACGCCCUUGGGAUUGAAGACAAUGGAGCGGAUAAGGCAGGGUCUGUAGCUGAGACGGAAGUUGCUUCAUUCCCUGCUGACAAUGGGGAAGACUUUUUUAAUAAUCUUCCUAGCCCUAAAGCUGAUACUCCAGUAUCAAGUGCGAGCAACAACUUUGUUGGAGAAGCUGUUCCAAGUGAGGAGCAGAGACAAGCAGAAUCUGAUGGACCAGAAGAGAGUGCCGAUCCGGAAUUUGAUGAUGCAGUUCAGCGUGCCUUGGUAGUCGGAGACUACAAGGAGGCAGUUGCUCUAUGUGUAUCUUCUAAUAAAAUGGCUGAUGCUCUUGUAAUUGCUCAUGUUGGUGGUGCUUCUUUGUGGGAAAGUACUCGUGAUCAGUACUUGAAGAUGAGCCGCUUGCCUUAUCUAAAGGUUGUUUCUGCAAUUGUAAAUCAAGACCUCGUGAGCCUUGUGAACACCAGACCUCUGAGAUCAUGGAAGGAGACACUAGCUCUUCUUUGCACUUUUGCUCAAGGAGAGAAGUGGACUGUGCUUUGUGAUGCACUUGCCUCAAGGCUCCUGGCUGCUGGUUACACAUUGGCUGCAACUAAUUGUUACGUCUGCGCUGGGAAUAUCGACAAAACUGUAGAGAUAUGGUCGCAUUGUCUAUCAGCAGAGACCGAAGGAAAGCCAUAUGUUGAUCGGCUUCAGGAUUUAAUGGAAAAAACAAUAGUUUUUGCCUUGGCCACCGGACAGAAGCAAUUUAGUUCAUUUUUGUGUAAACUGGUUGAAAAAUACGCUGAGAUUUUGGCCAGUCAAGGACAACUCUCUACAGCAAUGGAGUUCUUAAAGCUUUUAGGGGAUGAUAUAUCUCCUGAGCUUGUCAUCUUGAGAGAGCGCAUUGCAUUGUCUUCACAAGCAGAUAAAGAAGCAGAAAAGGCAAUGACUUAUGAGAACUCAUCGGUGUCGUCAGCAUCUGCAUAUGGUGCUGAUCAUGGCAAUUAUGGUGCUGACAACUCUCAAUCGUAUUACCAGGAUACUGCAGCAGCUCAUGUCCAGUCAGGUGCUGGUCCUAGCCAAUAUGGUGGAAAUUAUCAACAGAACUUUACAUAUGACAGAAGCUAUGCAGCUCCCGCUCCAUAUCAAUCAACAGCACCCGCUCCAUAUCAAUCAACAGCACCCGCUCCAUAUCAAUCAACAGCACCCACUCCAUAUCAAUCAACAGCACCACAACAGUUGUUUGUUCCAUCUCAAUCACAGCAGCCUCCACAGCCAAACUUUCCUCCUCCACCUGUCAGUGCUCAACCUGCUGUGAGGCCAUUUGUCCCAACUCCUGCCCCAGUUUUGAGAAAUGCUGAGCAAUAUCAACAACCUCCAACAUUGGGUUCUCAGCUAUAUCCAGGAUCUACAAACCCCAGUUAUCAAUCUGGGCCACCAGGACCUGGUUCACUUGGCACUAUACCACCUCAAACAGGCAGUGCAUAUGGUCAAAGGAUGCCCCAAGUUGUGGCACCUACCCCUACUCCAAGGGGGUUUAUGCCAGUAAACAGUCCUGGCGGGGUUUCCCAAAGACCUGGGAUGGUUUCGACACAACCAUCAAGUCCUACUCAGUCUGCACCAGCGCAGACUGCUGUUGCACCGGCUGCUCCCCCACCAACAGUCCAGACUGUUGAUACUUCAAAUGUGCCUGCACACCAGAAGCCUGUUAUUGCUACAUUGACAAGGCUAUUUAAUGAGACGUCAGAAGCAGUUGGUGGUGCUCGUGCGAAUGCUGCCAAGAAACGGGAAAUUGAAGAUAAUUCGAAAAAGUUCGGUGCUUUGUUUGCAAAGCUCAACACUGGAGACAUAUCAAAGAAUGCUGCUGAUAAGCUUGUUCAACUUUGCCAGGCUUUAGAUAACGGUGAUUAUAGCACCGCCUUACAAAUUCAGGUCCUCCUUACUACAAGUGAAUGGGAUGAGUGCAGCUUCUGGCUAGGGAACUUAAAGAGAAUGAUCAAGGCCAGGCAGAAUGUGAGAUUAUGAGUUAUUACAGCAGAAUCAGAAUCUCGUCUUUGUUUGAAUGUUCUACAUCGUGGGACUUAUUUCCCUCCAUGUACACUAGAACUGUUUUCCCUAGGUUGCAAUAUAAGAUUUUUUUUUCAUUUUUAUAGGUCUUAAACAGAGCUCUUUGACUGUCAUUUCAAUGGUACAUGUUUUUUUUUUUCUUGAGGCAGGUCGAAGGUAGAUAUGACAUACGUACACCUCUUCAGAUUGUUUUGCCUCCCAAAAAUGUUUUGUAGUAUUUUAGACUUCAGGUUUAUAUCUAAAUAUUGUUAUUGAUUUCUUUAAAAGAAUACAAUUUGAACUAUGACAUGAAAUUGACAUCUAUUGAUAUUGGAGUUGGGAGUUAAGUUAUUUCAA